AUGGCUACUACCGUUACAGCUACAAAUGAACUGUACGAACGUUUAGAAUGUGUCAAUUCCUGUUCAUCACAACUGCAGGAACUAAACAGACAACUAAACCAAUUGGAUCUGAAACAGGUUGAGAGUUCAGUCUAUGACCAAUUGUUUCAUUGGCGUCUGACAAUGAACGAGAAAAUUGCUGCUGCUGGUAAAAGUGAUUCUCAAUAUACAAAGGAAAUGCUGAAUGCUGUUGAACGAACAAGCAAAAUAAAAGCAAGUGAAAUAAAAGUAUUGUUAAAUGAACUGGAAAUGGAUUUUAGUACAUUUCGUGACGGCAGAUACAAAAAACUUCAGCAGCUGGAAGAAUUGGUUAAAGAAAUCGAAAAGAACAAAGCGGAUGAUGAACGACCAAUUCUCUUAUUAAAGUAUGAAGUCGAUUUAUUAUCCAAUGAAAUUAAUUCAUUAAAAUAUGGUAUCGUCUUUAGUUCUGAAGCGGCAGAAAAGUUACCGUCAGUCUCGUCAGGAAAUGAUCAACACUUCAGUCAGCCACUGUCAACUCUGUUAGGCGUUAAUACAAUUGGUUUGGCGAAGGAAUUUCAGUUUGACAGUACGACCACGGCUUCUACUCCUCCUGCUGAAGGUAGUAGUGCAACUCCGGGUGAAACAUGGAGCGAAAAAUUAAAAACUCUAAUUGGUUGUAUUCCGACUGAUGCUGGUGCAUCUUAUUAUAAUGUACACUACAAAUACCUGUAA